AUGGGGCUCUUCAUGUGUGCGGGCUACCUCACUGUUGACGCUGCUGCUGGCCUGCAGUACCCCCCUGGUGCUGGGGAGGUGGGCUCGGAUAGCGGAGGGAGUGGCGCCGAGAAGAAGGGGGGGAAGGGGAAGAUUAAGUUUCUUCCGGGGGUGAUUGGGAAUGUUGGUGGAGGGGGCGGUGGUGGUGGUGGGGGUGGUGGAGGGGGGGGUGUGGCAGGGGCGUUAGGUGGGGCGUUUGCUGCUAUUGGGAAGAAGCUGGGAGGGAAGAAAGGGGGAGGGAAGAAGGGAGGAACUGCAGGCAAGAACCACCCACAGUCACUCUCUGCAGGAGCGUCCUCAUCCUCGAUAAAAGCAGCCUCGUUAAGCAACACUGCAGGUGUAGCCCAGCCAAAGCAAACCGAUAGCACAGCACUCUCAAGUAAACUAAAGGACAAAGCAGAAACAGCCGCCCUAUCUCUCCAAACGCUGGGCCGAAAAGGCGGGAAGAAGGGCGGCAAGGGAGCAAAAACCGGCGGGGACAGCAGCAGCGGCGGCGGAAAAAAGACAAAAGGAGCCGACCCAGCAGCAGAUGCCGGCAGUUCUGGCGGGGGAACCGGGGGAACAGAUGCCGGCAGUGGCAGUGCCGGGGGUGGCACAGGCAGCACUGGAGGCGGGGCAGUGGACGAGGACGGGCGGGCGGAGAUGCCUCACAUGGAGGCCAUGGCGAGCCUGCUGGCUUAUGGUAUGGACGGUGGUGGCGAUGGGUCGACGUACUACGAGCUCUAUGUGUUCGGUGCGUCGCGCAUGGUGGGGUCGUCGAGCAGUCUCGAGCUCACUGCCAACACGUUCUGA